AGAUUGUUGGGCAAACGUAGCAAAGUCCAUUCAACUUACCCCUCAAGUGUCAAUCAAAUGAAGAUAGAAAAAUCACCUUUCAUUUCUAGAAAAUCAAAUAUAGAAAGACCUAACCAGGCUGAGGACUUAUAUGUCGUCGUGUUUUCAUUGUUGGUACUCUCAAUUGAUUUGGUAUCAUUUUGUUCUUUAGCAACGGAACGGUUCUAGCCUUCGGUGAUGCCAAACAAGGGACAGCUCAUGAAGCCAAAGUCAAGCAUUCUCACGUACGUACUUGUGGAUAUGGGCCCAAUUUCGCCCUUUCUUUUGCCCCAGUGUGGAGUGUGGACGCUUAUCGCAGUCUGAACAGGUGACUCAACUUCCAGCACCAUAGAUGAAAUGGAAUGGAAUCCACAUGCUGUUUCCAAAUUUUCCUACCAAUUGAGCGCGUGGGUCCCGAAAUUUUAGCUCAGGCUGUGGUUUUGGAAAGACCAAGGACCAGACUCUCCCUGUUCAUGCUAUCAAACCUUCGGGCCUAUUAUAUAUAUAGCAUCAGAGAGUCUUUUCUGGGCUCAAAAGCUUCAUUUCUCUACUUGUUAGCAUCCUUUUAAACCCUUUAGGAUGUAUAAACUUCUUCCCAAAUCUAGUGCCCAAAUGCAUGAUGAUUUUUCCUUCCAGCAGGAGAUGACAUCGAAUGAUCUUCCACCACCGGAGUUCCUUAAAGAGGCCAUAUUUGCUGCAGGUAGCUUCUGGGAACUUGAGGCUGCGUUUGGUCGUGUUGAUGGUGUCGUAAGGACGGCUGUGGGCUACUAUGGAGGAAUCCGUGUGAAGCCUAGUUACAAAGAGGUAUCAGAAGGAACCACAGGACACACCGAGGCUGUUAAGUUGACGUACGACACGAGGAAUACUUCGUACAAAUCUCUGUGCAAGGUCUUCUGGGCAAGCCAUGAUCCAACAAACAAGGAAUAUCUGAACUUUGGAGUUAACACACACUACCAAUCAGCAAUCUUUUACGGGAAUGAGGAGGAGAAGAAGCAAGCGCAAGAAUCGAAGGUUAAGCAGCAGAUGCAGCUGAACAGGAGGAUAGUCACCAAAAUAUUGCCUUGCCAGUCCAGCACCAACUCUGGCUUCUAUCUUGCGGAGAGCCACCAUCAGAAGUACUACUUGCAGAGCUGCCAUCUCCGCCUCUGUGAGUGCCUUAACCUCCGCAGCGCCGAGCAGUUCGCUGGCUCCCACCUUGCUUGCAAGCUAAAUGGAAUAUUUGGUGGUGAUGAGAACACUGUCGUGGAUGGUCUGAAAAGGUUCGCCGUGAGAUGUCGGUUGCCACAUCAAAUCAAGUACGUUUUGGAGACAAUCAUGCAGGAAUUAGGUGUGAAACAGGCUUUGGAAGUGUAGAGGCACUCCAUGAAAGAAAAAAAAAAACAAGUGGUUAAAUUUGUAUGCAUCAAAGACUUCUAUAAGGGAAGGCCGGAGGUCAGAGGAGUGGAAGUUGGCCGGCGAUUUCACCUUCAAAUAAGGUGGACUGUCCUCUAGCUGGCUGGCCUCCCAGGAUUGCACCUCAUUGGGUUUUGUGGGCGCACCAAGGAUUCUAAUGGAAACUAGGGUGAACCCAUUCUAAAAAUUCUUAGUGGAUUUGCUUCAGAAGAUUAGCAAAAUUUGGGGGUCGCCAAACAUUUGCCAUGUGUAAGCAUGAGAAGGUUUGUUGCAACUUCUACGCUACAAAAUCCUAUGCCACUACUGCCUUGCUUAGCUGCUAUAUGAUCUAUCUCAAUGAUAGAUGACUCUUAGGACUCAUAUGGUUUACGAAAAGAAUUUUUUUCCUCAUUAGAAUGUUUUUUCUGUGGAGAGAAUUUCUGAUUUGCAGAAAGCAUUUUAUAGAAAUGGCGGAAAAUUACCUCUCCAAGAAUAUUUUUUUUGUUUGUGCUAAAACGGAUGAUUCAUACAAUUCUAAUACG